GCUGGCUCGCUGAUAUCAACGCUCUCUCUGCUUCCACAAAGCACAUUGAAUCUUUCUGUUCUGACCUCUGAACCUUCUCAGACACUCGAGAUCGCAGACUUACCACCUCGUCCUCUCCGAGUGUCUCGCUACAUCCAAACAUCACAUGCGCAACUCAUGAUCACUCUAUCCUGCCUUUUAAACUUAGCCUUCCGGAAUGGAUCAUUUUCACCCAAAGAUCUCGCGUUGGUGUUCCCAUUCCUCAGCCGUCUGACAACCCAUUGAUACAGGGAAUGCCACUCCUUCGGACGUCGUGGUUUUCUUGGAAGACGAUAUCGACAUGGAAAAGGACAUCAAGAUAAAAAUGUACAACGUCUGGACUUAUCUUCCACCGGAAUGGGACAUGAUUUUGCUGGUCAUGUUUCCUUUGUAUGACCUGCCCACAUGGACCCGCACACACCCAUCUUACUCUCGACAUUGCACUCAUGCCUACGCACUUUCCCUGUCCGGUGCUCGGCGUCUUCUGCAGUAUCUUCACUACCCACCUUUCGCAUAUCCCCGAGCCCCUGAUCAAGCAUUCAGUUUGUUUAUCGACAGCGGACGAUUACGUGCUUUUUCAGCGUUGUUCCGAGCCUUUGUCUUCCCGCGCAAGGUCUUGUCGAGUGACAUAAUCCCUUGAUCUGGUGUAGGG